AUGGUGGAGAUUGAGUGCUUUCUGGUCGCUAAGCGGAGCAGAGCUGCUAAAACCUCUGUGAAUAACAGCAGCCACGGCUGGCUCAUUCCCGGUCUGCGCUGGGUCACAGGGAAGGACUGUCUGCCAGGACUCAACUUGUUUCCUCUCACUGGUGGACAUGGCCGCAGCUCCAGCCCGGAGAAAGACGCAGAGGAGAUGGAAGAGCCGUCUGAUGAUUACAGCUUAGGUCAUUUCUCAGAGCUGGAGGCAGCGGGCCGCAGACUUAAGCUUCAGUGGGGAGAAAACGGCCCUGACAGGAAGCUUCAGAGAUACAGAACUCAGCGCCUGGCGACCCAUCUCCACCGAGACACGACCCACGACCCAGAGUGCCACACUAGUUCAGAGAGGCUCAGCCAUCCGGCUGUGUCCGAACGGCCCUGUUCCCCCAAAUCAGUCGUUUCACACGUGCCAUUAAGACUACAGAUCAAAGUGAACGGACAGAGAGGAGGACUGGGAAUUUGUAUUGCAGGAGGGAAAGGCUCCUUGCCGUACAAAGAGAAUGAUGAGGGUAUUUUCAUCUCCAGAGUGUCUAAAGGCGGACCGGCCGAGAAGGCCGGGGUUCAUGUUGGGGACAGAGUGUUGGAGAUUCCUCGGAUUAUUCUGACUCACCCCUCUACCUCAGAUGAAGACGUGGAGCCCCUGACGCAGGGCUCAGAUGAUGGAGAUUUUGAUUUUGACUUCAGCGACUCGGACAGUCACAUCUACUCGGACUGUCUGAACAGCGCUUUCUAUCCUCUGUGA